AAUGCUUGGAGAGCGGGAGAAAAUUGUUCGAGAAUUCUUGCAAGGGCCCUGGCAAGAAAAUCUUUAAAGCUGGUGUACGAAGAAAAAUAUUCCGAGUCAAGGGUCUUGGCUGAGGAAGCGAAUAUGAUGGUGUCGACCAUGGAGAGCCCAGAAGAGCAGAUUGUUUGCCAGAAACGCAUUGCUGACUGUUUACUGUACGAGGACGGCUUACUGCACAGCAAGAAAGAGAAAUUAACCCCUGUUUGGAACACAAUCAUUGAACUGUGCCAGAGAAACCAGGAUAGCGUUCCUAGAAGUUCCUUUUAUCUUAGAUUUGUUUUUGCUGACAAAGCACGUCUGCAUCUUGGGUUUUCAAAGAACGGGUUUGAUUGUUGUCCAAGUAGUAUUUCAGAUCUUGAAGAAGCAGAACGAUGUGUUCAAAGGUUGGAGGAACCAGACUUGAAAACAGACUCUGAGGAUACCUACACGGACGCAUUUCGCUUGAUUUGCAAGAGCAAAAUUGCAUUUGACAAAAGCAAAGUGGCUGACGUUGCUGAAGAAGUGGAAACAUGGCGAGAGAAAUCAUUAUCGCUGUAUGACAAAGCGGCUGCAGCUUGUAGAAGCGCCAAAAACAAUGGAAUCUCGUUGAUGUUAUCGUCACUCAAAGAAUACCUAAGAAAAUGACAGAGAAAGUGGAAACUAGGUUUCAAUCGAUUUCUUUUAGUUUUUCUACUGAAAAGUCGAAAGCUGAUUACCAAAGAGAAGUUCUUGUAUUAAUUUGUUUGUUUUUAUCGAAGAAAGUGAAUCGUUGUGGACAUCUGUAAACAGACCUCACAAUUUCAAAGACAGUUUAUUGAAAUUAAGACUCGUUUAACUUGUUUCCUAUUUGUUACAAAAUAGCCACAUUGACUGUGAAUUUCAUAUCUUACAGCGAACUACUAGAUAUCAGAGAUCUAUGCCAGAAUAAGCAGUUUUUUGGUCAUCAUCAAAAUCUUAAUCGUAACACCAACUCAACACRGGAUACACCCGAGGUCACGUGAUGCACGCGGUUGGCGCGCGCUCUUUCAGUUUGCGCGGGUAACAAAGUUUCAGUUCAUUCCACAACGUUUCAUGUGCAAACAUGAACAAAGAUUUUUACCUCAGGGAAAUUGCUUAAACUCAACGAGGAGAAUGUGGUUCUUGGAGGUAAAACAAAGCACAGCCAUUUUUGAGCUAUUUCUUCCCUCAAAAUGGAAACAAAAAACUUGAAAACAAUUAGCAGCUAUUUUCAAGUUGCGGAGUCAUUGCUUCUGUCGUCCACAG